CGGAGGAGAUGGGACACUGUUGAAUGACGUCACCGAGUUUUUUGACGUCAGUCAUACGCACGAGGCAAAAAUCGCGAGGCGCGCGUAAACAUUUUAACGAUUUUAAUCGACGCGCAUGUAAUUAAUUACAGCAAAAACAACUGUCGGAGAUCGUCCUGCGACAUUUUUUUGUGUGUGCCACGAUUACAAGAAAGACGGACACUUAAAAAAAAAGAAUUAUUCCCCUCACGCGUUAAGGAGAGGUGGUUGUGUCGCUCCUGUUGCGUCUCACUUCUUGCUCCACGAUGUUUCCCGGGACCCUGCCACUGCUGCUGCUUCUGCUGCUCUGGCCCGUGAGCCCAGUGCUCUGCUGCCUGCGCUGCUCGCCGAUCUUUGAGACCGUGCAAACACAGCUCAAGGUGCCGAUCCAAGGCUUGAGCGCGGAGCAGAAGCAACAAGUGUACAACGUCAUCAUGGAGAUUGGCAGCAAAGAGGCCCCCUUUCUGUUCGAUUUUGACGACGUGGCGCCGAUUUACAUGAAGAAGAUUGUCGAUAUCAUUGACUCCAUGAAGCCAAAGGGAUUAUUUGACAGCUUGAAAUCGAUGAAGAUUCCAGGAAUGUUGGGUGGCAAAAACGACGUCGAUGUUCCAGAUGUGCUGAGGAAGUUAAUCGCUCUCUCAAGAGAAUACGACGAAGUGAUCCAACAGCUUGCAGAGGCACCAUGCGAAAACUGUGGUAGGAAAUCAGUGCCGGCAGUGAAAUGUGGCACAUGUGAACGGGUGGUCAUCAAAUGCUCCGCAUGUAGUUUCCUCAACAGGAUCCUUGGCAACCCUGACCUCCUCCGGCUAUUGGGAUGCAGUAUGCUCGUAGUCAUCCUCAUCUUCAUCGUCACCAUUCUAGCGACUUCAUUUAAGAAGGAGGAAGAUCCACAGAGUGUUAUGCUGAGGGAGGUAUUGAGUCAGAAGGAGUUCAAACCAGCUCUCCAGACUCAUUCCAAGAAGAAAAAGAAAAAAAGUAGUGGACAUAAAGAACCCUCCUCUAAACACCACUCGCAAAACAAAAGUCCCAAAGCUGGCAAGACCAAACAAACCCCAGCUCACCCCACGACCCCUUAAUCCCCCCCUCAUAACCACUACCAUUCCUGUUCCCAUUCCAAAAUCUCAUUCCAUUGCUACCACUCAUUCUCCAUUCAUCACCAUUUGCUGCUAUCAAUUUUGCUUUGAAUUCACGCAUCACAAACUCGUCAAUUACUUCCUCUUGCCUAUUUAAUUUACCUCAUCUCCACCAUCACAUCCAUGUGUACCAUUCUUUAUUUUCUGUAAAGCGCCUCAGUUAAGGCGCAAUAUAAAUGACGUUAACAUAAGAAGCAAACUCCAAAACACCGCACGCAGCGAUAGCCAACGCGAGCUUCACACUCAACCCAGCACUGAACCUACAGCCAGUCGAACACUACUCUCAUGCGGCCGAGUGGGUGGAAGGGUCCUACUUGAUGGAGGCCUGGCCUUUGAACCCCACAUGGGAGACGGAGUGGAGCAGCAAGGACGUUCAGGGUGAACGCCUCGUUCGGGGACCGAGCGUCGUGCCUCCUGCCUUUGACAUUCAUCGGGGCCAACUGGCGUGCCACACGUCAAGUCAUCGGACCGCUGUGGUCUGCGCUCCUUCGGCGGAGGAGUGGCUGGACUGCACAUGCUCUCUCCUGGGGCCCUCUGCUGGGACCCUCUCCUGGGGCCCUCUCUUGGAGCCGGAAGACCUCAGCGUUGGCACUGCGAUGCCAAGGCUGCUCGGGCGCCGAGUCGGGAGAGACAUCACACGCACUAAACACACACCAUCGCCUCGUCAAACACCUAGGAAUCUUAAGAGCGUUGGCCCCGGUAUCAGAUCCCCUCCGCUGAGUUUUUCACCCCUAGCCUGCCUAGCGAGCAAAAAUUGUCUGGGUUUUCUCAGGAGGGAAAUUGCAAAAGAUUUGAUAUGUAGGGAAUGAUACCGGCCGGAUCCUAUAAUAAAAGGGGGAUGAGGCAGGAUGGGGCCACCCACCCAGUAGCCGAGCCGAUGAAGGUUGUUGUGUAAUGAGUAAGGAACACAACUUUGUGCCGAUUAAAGGCGAAGGGAAUGCAGGUCUGUUUGCAUGAGUAAUUAGAGCGUAAUCAGACCUGAGCAUGUAUCUCUGGGCUUCAAGGCCGUAGCCAUGGAGUCAACAUUGGGGGGGACCAAAUCUUCCAGAGGGUCUUGGGCCCCCCCCCCAGAAAAAAAUCUAAAUUUGAAAACUAGUUUCCUGACAUUUACUGCCUAAAAUCCAGAUAUUGUGGCCAAUGUUUAGCAAAUUGUUGUUUUUACAUAACAUAGCAAUUAUUUUUUUUAAAAUAUUGUUUAAAGCAAUAUAUGGGGGGGGGGGACAUUUUGAGCAUAUUUGAAUAUUGGGGGGGAGAUAAGUCCCCCCCAAUAUAUAUUAUGAUUAAGGCCUUGCUGGGCUCGCGAACUGACUCGUCCUUCCACGUGACGGCUGCGAAGAUACAGGCAGAGUGCGAGGCGUGAGCAGGUGCCGUAGCGUAAAUACGUGGGAGAUCUGUCCAUUCCAAUGUUGUGCCCUUCAUGGGCGUCACUCCCGGAAACAGCGACUACUUUGUUAAGCCUGAAUAAACUCGCAUAACAGUA